UCAACGUGCAAUGUCAUAAGAGAUAAGGCCUGCUACUCUAGUCCUUUCCACUGCCAUAUUUGUCAAUCCAUACCAUUUAGUUGUUCUACAUCAUAUGGAGUCCCCGCCAGUUGGAUUAAACCAUCAUUCGAGCUUCAAAAAGUUUCUGAGCAUUCAGCUUUGAGUUUCAGAUGCGAAAAUGCAUUCUUUGGAGCGACACUAUUCAACUGGUUCCCUAUAGGACAUGAUAGUUCAAUUUCACGAGUUUCUGUUGCUGCUGAUUAUUCAGAUUCCGUUCCGGAUUCCUCUAAUUAUGUUGCUAAUAAAGGUUAUCACCCUCUUGAAGAACUGAGAGAUUGCAGACGAGUUCGGGAUAAAAGGCUCACCUCUGCUGAAAUAGCAAGGACUGCUGUGGAGGCUAACAGCACUGCUUUGUUGAUAUUCCCUGGUAUUGUGCACUGUGAACCACAUGAACAUAUCUCGUGGGCUGAAUUUGAAUAUGUUAUAGAUGAGUUUGGAGAUAUUUUUUUUGAAAUUUUUGAUGGUGAAAACAUCCUGCAAUAUCGAGAAACAAGUAACCCUGUGAAUGUACUGAUUGGGAUGGAUCUUUUGCAAUACGAGAACAGAAAGAUAGAUGUAUUUGAUGACAAAAGUUUGGAGGCCGACUUCAAUGAUGAUAUUCUUUUCGAUGAUGAUGACUUCAAAGUUGAGUAUUCUGAAACGUCUGAUGCCCGAGUUGAUUGGGGAAUGCCGGAAAAUUCAUCCUGGAUCCAUCCAGUCUAUUUCACCAAGUGCUUGACAGAGGCUGUUAAUGUGGGAUGUGCUGAAAUGAUGGAUUACCCGUCAAAUGGUGUUUCAAUCUUGGGAAUCAUCAAACCUGCCUUUAUUGAUGAAGAAUUAUAUCUCAGAAGACUCUUCGAUGAUGAAGAUAGUGAUGGUUACACCUCAGACCUCAAAGAUGGAGAUAGUUUGAGCUUCAAUUCAAGAAAUGACAGAAGCCGUGAUAGAUCGACUAUUUAUAAAUUGGAAAUCACAAAAAUAGAGCUGUUCUCCGUCUAUGGUGUUCAGUCAGUAGUUGGCGUACAAGAUUUUCAGUAUGCUGAACCUGAUGUUCUUGUGCAUUCAACACCAGCAAUCCUAGAGCACUUUGGUGAGACGGAUACUAGGUCCAAAUUUGCUCUUAAAGCUCUUUGCAAAAAGAAAGGACUCGAUGUUGAGGUAGCAAAUUUGAUUGGAGUUGAUAGUCUUGGCAUGGACGUUAGAGUUUCCUCAGGGACGGAAGUACAAACACAUCGUUUCCCGUUCAAAGUCAGGGCAACAUCUGAAUGUGCUGCAGAGAAGCAAAUUCAGCAACUUCUGUUUCCACGAUCACAACGGAAAAAAUUAAAGACUCUUGAUCGACCUAGUCCUAGAGAUACAGAUUCAUUUUGAUUUUUCUUAAUGUUCUUAGUGUUGGAAAUAUUUGAGCAAUAAAUUUCUUGUCAAGGUUUAGACAGGUUUUCUUCAGAGUGGAUUUUUUUCUCCGAUUUUUCCAUUUCGUUUGCUCUCUGUAUAGAAUUAGAAUCCCUAUAGUGCUUGCUGUUUUUCCUAUAUAAUUGCUAAAUUUAGCUUUGAAACU